UUCAGUUGCAACCAUAGCCAUAAAAAAAGUGACCAGUGCUUAUCCGACAUAAGUCAAAUUAAAAUGCCUAAUUCUGAAUCCCAUAGGACCUCUAUCGAUGAUAAGUAUAACUUUGGAGAAAUUCCCAAAAAGCGAGGAAAUUGGAAGCAAUACACAGCAACAUUUUUUAUUUUGCUUUAUUUAGUUUAUUGUGUUUGUAAUAUUACCUUAAUGGAUGCAAAAAGUUUGGAAUGCACUGAUUCUAGUCUCAAUCAGUCUGCGUUAAAUAAUGAAGAUCGUUAUGAUCUUCAUGCCUAUCACACUUUAUUUAAUUUUUUUAUUUCACUUUGCGCUGUCAUUAUCGGAAAGUUUUGUCAAUGCCUGUGUGUGUUCAUUGAGGAAUUACGGCAUGUAAAAAGUCGCCAUGACAAGUCGCUUUUUAAGGCAUUCAAAAGCUGCUUCCAUGUGCUCACAUCAUCGACCAGAAUAAUCAUAAUAAUAGCCUGUAUCUUAGUUUUAUUGAGAAUCGUCUUUGAUCCUUACCACAAGAACUACGACGCGUAUUGGCCAAUUUUCAUAAAGUCAGUUGGUGUUGCCAUGUUUGCGAACUAUAUGUUUGAUUACAAGGUUUGUGGUGAACUAUUCUAUUAGUAGCUUAAGAUAGCCUAUACGAACGUAUCACACACUAUUAACCGACUCAGUCAAACAGAAUAAAAGCUAUAUUCAGUGGUGGCAUCAGUUCGCAGGGUUAGGGGGUGGCACCAGUGAGAGAAAAAAUGUGUACUGUAUAGAUUUUACGGGAUGUGAGACUCUAAAAUGCUUUAAGCAAUCCUUUCAAAUUCAUAAAUUGUCAGUUUAUUGGGGAAUACUUUGGAGGGUUUUAGACGCUGCCUGGCCAUGUAUACUUAAGACCCCUCCAUGGACCUUCCCGUCGAGAAGGCAUGGCUCACUCCUUUCGUCGUUGGCUUUACCACUGAAUAAUUACUAUUAUUGGGUGCAGGUAUCCCAAUUAAACUUUACCGGGAUGUCAUUUUGUAAAAUAAUCAAUGGAAAGUGAUUGCGUAAAUUAAUGUAAUAUACACACAAUAUCUUGCAAUAACGACAAGGUAAUCCAAAUUUACAGGAAUUGUCAGUAGUUGAAUUAAGCGAAAUUCAAGAAUCCAGCAACACAUACGUCGCCCAAGGCUUGGCAUGGAGCUACUACACUGGUUACUUAAAGAUUGUUCUGGAACAUUUACACACAACUGUUCAAAAAGAACAGAAAUGGAACACAGUGGCGAAUGUUGACGGUACUAUGCCUGAAAAUUUGUUGCCAUGUAAACUCUUUGCUAUCGUACCACUUGACUGUAAAGUUCCCAAUAAAAUUGGUGAUUGGCCUGACAAACAUGAAGGGAUUACAUUUGAUAGUUGUCUACCACCACUUAUUAUGGAUCGAGCUGGUGUAAGAUUUCGAAAAUAUAUAAACUCGGUCUACAAAAUUCAAGGUUAUAAUGACCAACCGGUGCACCAUAAAUAUUUUGUCAAUGUAUUAUACCGACGUGUAAACAUCACUGUGGAUCAAAUUGCAGAUAUUGUAGGCCAACAGUUAGGUGAAUGAAUAUUCAAGUAUGGCAGGCCACACCAAUAAGAUAACAUGUCGAAUGAUGGAUGAACUUGCCACUGAAUUCAUCACGCUUGAAAUGAUUGGUAGGUUGGCUGAAAUCUCAGUUAUUAGGAUUGAAAAAGAAACGGAUAACAAUGUGUUCAGAAAUAAAGUAUGGUGGCCAGUGGAAUUCUUCUCUGUUGGAAGUAAGAGUGAAGGCAUGCCUGAAUGGGUCCGUGGCGAUAUUGAUCAAAUGGCCUGUAGGCCAAUAUUUCCAAUAGUAUUGUGGCAGUCUGAAGAAAAGCUGAGAGAGGGGUUUUUAAUGGCUGAGCAAGAUCCAAAUAAGCCUGUGUACCUUAAGCUUAAAGUACAAAGCAAUGAUUUCAAAAGUGACCCUGACAAUGAUGUAUAUUUAAAGGCGAACGAUUUCAUAAAAUCCAAUCAAACUGACUUGAAGGACUAUAAAAGUGUUGUACACGGUCCCGCAUUAGCAACUUGUGUGGAUGAAGGAUACCUGGAUAGUGGAACACCAAUGAUAGAUUUAGUAUAUUGCUUAAAAUGCCAAUCAUGGCCACCUUUCACUAGUGGGUUUUUUACUAGAGAUAGGCCAAACAACUGGCCAUCACAGGAAUUGUUAAAUAAAAUCGCUGGUGUAAAUUGUCUUGUAGUGGCAUGUGGACACACAGGUAGUGCGUCGAAAAAUACUGAUUGGAGAUUGUCAUUUUCUAUACCUGAGAGAGAGCUCAUACAGGAAAUAUGUGAACCGUACGCUAACUGCAUGUUUGUCCUUAAAGCAAUAAAGAACAGGUGCUUUGUAUACAGUGAUUCUGACAAACCAACGCCAUUCUGUUCAUAUUUCAUAAAGACUGCUUGCUUGUGGAUGUGCGAAACAUUUUCACAUAAAGGUUACGGUCAGAUGGAUUUAAUAAGAAAAGUUCUAGAUUGGUUAAUUGAAUGCUAUCAAAACAGAAAUCUGCCUCAUUAUUUUGUUCCCAAACACAAUUUGAUUGGUCAACUCAAAAGUAAGUGUUGUGGCGACGUAAGAACAAAAUUGGAAGCAAUAAAAAGUGAUCUUUGGACAGAAGUGAUGAACAGUUUCGAUUCUGCUAAAGGUGGUUCCGAUAAUUCUCGAAGGUAUGUCAUAACUUUCAUUUGCAAUAUCCUUGCGAUCAAUAGAGACAAUGAAGCUGACUACACAACACUGAAGACCAAACUCUUGAAUCACCCAGAAGCCACAAAGGUGAUUGAAAUAUUGGUUGAAUCGUUACGCAAAUACCGUUCACACCAUUAUUCCCUAGAUGUUACUAAAAUUGCAGGAUGUGACUUUUCUGUUUUACCUACGGUUCUUGCGAACCGUAUUCAGGAAAAUCUAGAUCUCUCAGACACUCUAAAAAUUCCAAUGGAAAUUAUGAUGCCAAUUGUAAAGAAUAUUGAAGUGAUAGUGCCGAAGGGAUAUGGAAAAAUGUUUAGAACACGUUUGUAUAGAUAUUUAGGUGAUGUCUAUACUUACUUGUUAGUAUACCUACAAAACAUUGGUAAUGAUGAAUCUUUCGCUUUGUACCUGGAUACUCCGUUGCAUUACUAUAAAUUAGGAGGUGAAAUGGUCUUCCCUUGCAACUGGAGCGACGAAGGCAUAGGUGGAAAAAUCCUUGUAAUAAAAUAUCAUUAUUUAUUAGGUAAUUACAAUGAACUGAAAGAUGUACUAACCGAGUUUGAGCCCAUAUUGUGUAGAGUUAAACAAGAGGAAACAUAUAUUAAUAGGCUUGCUGCUAUAGAGGUACAUACAAACAUACUUUGGGAAAUAAGCCAUAGUGCCUGGGCUAUUGAUGAACUUCUGCAGUAUUUAGUCAAAAGCUCUUCUUAUAGGAGGAUGUUUCUCCAUCCAAUCGCACUUGUCCUUUAUAUUAAGGCCAGACUAGUACUUAAUGAGGGAGACACAUAUAAUGCGUUGGAAAUUGUUAAAGAGAUAGAGGCAUGCCAGAAUAUGAUGAUGAAUUUGUUUAUUCAGAAGAACACCAAUAUAUUUUUAACAAUUAUCAAUAGUCUUGUGGGCCUUAUCGUUGUUAGCAAAAAUAUUUAUUUUUCAAAAAGUACAUGAAAUUUGCUUUCUAGAGCAAGGAAUACACACACAUAUACAGAUUGAAUUACAAGACAACUAUAUAAAAACCAUACAGUGCAAACAAUAUUUAAAUUACAGUUAAAUUAAUAAUAUACAAUAUAAUAACAGUACAGUUACAUAUAAAAAUGAGUUACAUGCCCUAUAACUAAAUGAGUUGGAAUUUUAUAUUGACGGUAUAAAAUAUAUGAGACUAUCUGGUAAAUAGUUUGUUACAUACGUGUAGGUUCCAAACUACAUACCGUAUAAUUGUAGAGGGCGUAAUAAACUUCAAACACGGUAGAUAUAGUAACGCAAUUGUAGCAUUUAUUCAAACGCAAUAUCUGAUUUAAGUUCCGAUGAACUAAUGAACUGUUAACCGAUUUAAACUGUAAAGCAAAACAACAAUAUAUAAGCACGUACACAAAUAUAAAAGAGUUAUGUACCUAUAUUAAGGCAUUAUAUUAUAGCCGCCUAUAGGCCAGGACUUAAUCCUUGGCAGAUAUAUCUAAAUUUAGCAUCUACUACUGUAAAGUGUCGUCACUCGACGAUGUGCUCAGUCAAGCGUGACGAACAUAAAUCGUGACCCGUUCGUUUCCCCCUGGACGAGCGAGGCUUAUAAACAUUAAGAUGCAUAUAUGCGCUAUUAUACGCGCUACUUGCAUUUAAAAAUAAAUAUAAUAUUACUAAUAAUUAAUAAACAUUAUCCUAAAUGCAAUUAAUACUAUAUCAUAAUUCAAAACACUAGAUAAUGAUUUUGUCAAUAAAACUAAUCGAAACUAUUCGAAUUUAGAUCAAUCAAGGAUUAAUUAAUAUAACAGUAAUUAACUACUACAGUCGUUACGUCAAUUAACAUAAGUGCAGCUCCGUGUUAUUUUAGGUACACUUUGAGCUAAUACAUUUAACUAUCAUUCAAUAAUGAUCAUGAAAAAUUAUAUUUCUAAUACAUAAACUUUAUUAUUAAACCAGGGAGUUGUUAUUUAGAAGGAGUCACAACACAUUUAUCUACUUAUCUACAGCCAAUGAGCGAAGCGCGGUGUACUGAAUC